AUGGCAGCUUCUGAGCCGACGCCACCCGCGACUGGCUUUCCAGCCGAGGGUCGAUGCGGGUACUUUGUGGAAAAGAAGAAGAGGUUUUGCAGGAUGGUGGUGGCGGCAGGGAAAAAAUUCUGCGGGGAACACGCCGGAGCUGCCGAGGAAGAAAAUUCUCGGAAAAGAAUACUAUGUCCUUUAGAUCCAAAACACACCGUAUAUGAAGAUCAACUUGCAAAGCAUUUGAAAAAAUGUAACUCAAGAGAGAAGCCAAAACCUGACUUCUUUAUUCAAGAUAUUAAUGCAGGCUUAAAAGAUGAAACCGAAGUACCUGAACAUUUAGUUCCAAUUUCUUCUCUCUCUGAAGAGCAAUUGGAAAAUUUAAUUAAGAAAUUGAGAGAAGUAUGUAAAGGUUUGAAUUCUACACUUAAAAAUCAAAUUCUGUCCCAUCCAGCACUGCAUGAUGUUCUUAAUGACCCUAAGAAUGGUGAUUCUGCAGCCAAACAUCUAAAACAACAGGCUUCUAUUUUAGGCAACAUUGAAAAAUUAAAGUUACUUGGUCCAAGAAGAUGCUUUGUUGAGUUUGGCGCAGGAAAGGGAAAAUUAUCUCAUUGGGUUGAUAUUGCCUUAAAAGAUGCUGAACAAGUUCAUUUCAUCCUUGUGGAGAAGGUGACCACAAGAUUCAAGGUAGACGGCAAACAUAGGAAGAAAAAUUCAGUGUUUGAAAGACUGCAAAUUGAUAUCCAGCACUUGUGUUUGAACAAGAUUCCAAUAUUGAACAAAGAAAAACUACCAGUAGUCGGAAUUGGAAAGCAUCUUUGUGGUGCAGCAACAGAUCUUGCAUUACGAUGUUUGGUUGAAACCUAUGCUGCCAGUUAUGAGGAAGGAAAUGAAGAACCUUUAGCCAAACGCAUAAAGAAUGAUAAAACAGAAAAAGGAAUUAACCCUUUGGCCGAGGAAGGAAGUGAAAAAAUUGUCCCAGAGAAGUGGACGCCGGUGGCUGGCAUUGUCAUUGCACUCUGUUGUCACCACAGGUGUGAUUGGAGACAUUAUGUGGGCAAAGAAUAUUUCAAGACUUUAGGCCUUGGCGCAGUGGAAUUCCACUAUUUCCAGCGAAUGAGUAGUUGGGCAACUUGUGGAAUGCGGAAGACCCCUGCGGAAGCCUCAAACAUUGCCAUAGUGAGAAAAGACGGUCGGAACGAUGAUAGCGAAGAGCACGAUGAGGAGGGCUGCACGGUCCCCGCGGGUGGUGUCGAGAGCACACCGGAGUUUCUUACUGUAGAAGAAAAGAAGAAAAUAGGGCACCUUUGUAAAUUGCUGAUUGAUCAAGGCCGAAUCGAGUAUUUGCAACAAAAGGGAUUCAACCCUGCUCUGCAGUAUUACACAGAUCCUGUGGUGUCUUUGGAAAAUGUAUUGUUAACUGCUUUACCAACUCAUUCAUCAUCUCCAGAUAAAACUGUUUAAAGGAAACGAAAUUUUGAACAACACCUGGCUUCCACCAAAAGGAAUUAAU